AAUAGCAGGCCCCGUCGAAUACGCUUUGGUAAACCGUUUUGCGUACGAUCGUCGGUCGGUUCGUUUCGCACGUGAACGUCUCUGACGACCACUGCGGUCCCGGAACACGAUCACCACGCGCCGAGUCGAACAAUAAUUCGUUGCACGUCGGCUCUACAAUCAUAUUUUCGCUCUGCCCCCGCAUAAAAAAUAAUCGCAACGGAUAACGCGAUCCUUGACCCGAUACUCUUAUCCGCAGCGGUUAGUCGGUGUACCGAAAACAACGUGUCGAAUCGAGUAUUUGAAUCGGUUUUUUCGGAAUCCGGCCGCCGGUCAUUUUGUCGCCGACUGGUGACCGCCAAAAACUCGGUUCACCGCCUUUUUUCUCGCUUACCUUAGCGUUUCUCGUUCUCGCGCGCGCAAACGGAACCCUAUUAUCGGAACACUAUCGCACAGGGGCGGGGGAGACCAGAGAUAAGGCUGACGUAAUCUCCGGUGCGCGUCGUGAUCCCAGCCGAAUAGCCGAGGAACAGUAGUCGCCCGCGCCCGCGACCUUGCAACCGGCCCGAUUCGAAAUCCUAUUACCGAAAACAUUAUUCGUCUGCCGGCCGUAAACGUUUCGCGCGCGCCUCUCGUCGACAACCGUUCGCGUUCCCCGGGGUCGCCGUAGUGCAGGUAUGUCGUCACGAGUCGGCCGGUACCUCCCGUAUCCGUGUCCGCCGGAGGUCCGAGGGUAGGGCGGCGCGCGCUUGGUGUGUUGUCCGCUCAUCGAUUAUUCGCGUACGGCACCGUGUAAUCGUUCGUGUAUUUAUCGCCGGUCGCCUGCUCCGCCGCCGUUCCGGCAGCACUACUACGUUUUCUCGGCCGCUGCCCGCCAACCGCAUUACGCGGUCCGUCCAUUGUCGCUCCGUCGUCUGAUAACGUUGCACGCCGACCCUGGCACUGUCGCGGUUCCCGCUAACUCCGUCCCGUUUUCUCGUUUGCCCGCAGAUCGUCCGCGGUGGAUUGCUUGCGACCUCUGUUCCGCCGUCCCCCCAAUACCAUGAUGAAGUUCGGCAGCAAGCACUCGGGUAACGCGCCCAUCAAGUGCACCGUCCGUCUGCUGGACGAUACACAGUUGCUGGACACCGAGUUUCAGAUAAAUGAAAAAGGCAGUAGUUUGAUAAAUCGUGUGUGCGAGCAAUUGGAUUUAAUCGAGAAAGAUUAUUUUGGUUUACGCUAUGUUGAUAGUAAACGCCAAAGGCACUGGCUCGAACCAUCAAAAUCAAUUUUUAAACAAAUUAGAGACAUGGAAGCAGACAAUAUAUUAUUUAGCUUCCGUGUAAAAUUUUAUCCACCAAAUCCAUUUCGUCUAAAAGAAGAUAUUACUCGUUAUCAAAUUUAUCUUCAAUUGAAAAGGGAUUUAUUACAUGGCCGACUUUAUUGUAAUACAUCUGAAGCAGCUCUAUUAGGAGCCUAUAUAUUACAAGCUGAACUUGGUGAUUUUAAUCCAGAAGAACAUAUAGAUAACUAUGUGAAUGAAUUAAAAAUAUUAUUAAAACAAACAUUGCAACUAGAGGAAAAAAUUAUGGAGAUUCAUAAAAAUGAUUUAAAGGGAAAAACUGCAGCUGAAGUUGAAACUUUAUUUUUAAAAAAAGCAUGCGUUUUAGAUACUUAUGGAGUAGAUCCUCAUGCUGUUAAGGAUCAAAGAGGAAAUCAACUUUAUUUGGGUAUUAAUCAUACUGGAAUACUUACAUUCCAAGGCAGUAAGAAAAUGAAUCAUUUUAGUUGGUCUCAAGUUCAAAAAAUCAACUUUGAGGGUAAAAUGUUCAUAAUUCAUGUCAUUCUUAAUGAGGACCAGAGAAUUAAGAAAAAACAAACAAUUGGUUUCAAAUGCCCUAGAGGUUCUUCAUGUCGUCAUGUAUGGAAAUGUGCUGUUGAACAAAUGCUAUUUUUCACAUUUCCUUCAAGCUCCGAUGUUCCUAAUGUAGUUUCUGGAGGAGGCUUCUUUUCAUGGGGUACUAAAUUUAAAUACAGUGGUCGUGUUGAACGUGAAAUAUUAGAGGAUUUAACAAUCACUAGAGAAUCUCCAUCUGUUACACGAGUAGGUAGCCUUAGACGAAAGUCAUCAAGUGAACCAGUGACUCCCUCUAAUAUUGUGAUCAAUCAAGUUGGAUUUAACAGUCUACCUCGGUUGUUAACAAAUACCAAUGAAGAAUAUAAUUCAUCUAUUGAUUCAUCCACUCAAAUCGAUAAUUCUUCUGUUUUAGAGACUUUAUUAGAAGGCCAAGAGAUAACUACACCCAAAAUUGAGGAAGAGGUCAAUCAUGAAGAAAUCUUGAAUGAUCAUUUACUGAUUGACUUCACCACAACAGUAACUGACAGUUCAUCAUUAAUUCAAUCAGUUCCAAAUCAACAUUCGGGACAAAAACAUUUAGAAACUAUGGCAAAUCAAAACAGUAGAUCAAGUUUAACCAUCCUACGACAAACAUUGCUACCAAUUGUAUUUGCUUUGUUUAUGAUACUUAUGGUUGUAAUCAUUCUUCUAGAAUCAGAUUUUGAUAUUAUUGCUACCAUUAGAAAAGCACCAGAAAUCGCUGAUUUCAAAAAAAAUUAUUAUGAACCAGGCAAAGAAUUUUUAAUGAGGCGUUUUAUCAGGUCUAAGACUUUUUAAUAUUUAAAAUAACAUUUUCAAUCACAUUUUUUAAUAGCUUACACUCUUGGGUAGGAAAAUUAGAUUUGGAUUUCAAACCUUUUUUUAUAUGUGUAUUGUAAGGUGAUGGAGUUUAUUAAAUACUGAACAUAUUUAUUUACAUAUAACGUCUGUGCGUGUGCUCAACAUUUUAAUAACAUUUAACAAGAAUUUGAUCAAAUCAUAGCAUUUAUGUUUUUAUACAAAAUAAUUCACAUAGAUUAAUGCAUUUAUUUAAUCUAAUCAUUCCAAGGAUUUGCGUGAUUUUAUGAUAAUCAUUGAGCUUUUACUAUACUACUACUAGUUUAAUAUUUAUGUGUUACAGAGCUUUUGGUUUUAAUUUUAAGUGUAUAUGUGCUGUAUCGUAUUUAAAACAUUUUCUAAUAAAAUGUGAAGGUGCCGCAUGAAUUUGCAUAAUAUACUAAUACGAAUUUUUUUUUUAGUGAAAAAUCCAUUUUGGUUUUGGUACUUUAAUAAAUAUUGGUGCUUAAACUUAUUGUGAAGUUGCUAAUUUUAAAUAUGUCCCAAAAGUACCUAAGCACUUAAUUAUUUUUCAAAUUCGAACAAAUGCAAUUUUCAUAAUUGUUGAAUUUCAUUAUAUUCAUUAAAAUGUAUGAGAAUAAUACAUUUUUAGAACUAUUCACUCAAAAUGUACCUUUUCCCUUUUUUAUUAGUUCUAUAUAUUUGAGUGAACAUAAUACUUAAUUAUGUUUAUACCUAUUUUUUGUUUCUACCUCUUUAUGUUUAUCAUGUGUGAAAUUGAAUUCUGUUUAAAUAUUGACAAUAUUUUAAUUUCAUACCAUUAUUUAUAUUAAAUAUUCUAAAUAUUAUUUAUGAAAUAUAAACAUAAGUUAAGCAGUGAACAGUUAAGCAGUUUAGUAAUUAGCUUACAUUUUUAAAAUUUACUUUAGGGUGUAAGUAAUUUACAGUAAUAAUACUAGUCAUUUUUGGGUAAUAUGAUAUAUAUUAUAUGUUUCUAUUAAAAACUUAUUUUUGUUGGUUUUUUUUUUCUAUUGUUGAUUUAUACCUAUAAUCAUUAAUUUACUGAAACUACUCUUAAUUAGUGUGUUAGUCAUUGAUAUAAAUUGAUUAAAAGUUGAUAAAAGAUUACAUUCCGAUAUUAUUAUCUAUUUAAAUGAUAUUUUUAAUAGUAGGAAUAUUCUAUUAUUUCGGGCUUUAAUGCAUAAAAAAAUAAUAAUUUAAGUUCUUUAAAUCCAGGUUGGCUAAGAUUUUCUUAACUCUGGAAAUUAAGUUAGUGUUAAAAAUAUACUUUUAGUUAAUAGUCAAUUUUUCAUUUAAUUUUGUUAAAUCUUAUCUAAUGAAAUUGGAUUGAAUACUGAUUGAUACUUUUAAUCUAUAGAUCCAUGUUUUGGUGUAGCCUUUCUGAAAAUUACAUUUUUUUUUUUAACUUUAUUGUAAUUAUUAUUCAUUAUUUUUAUGUUAUGCAUAAUUACAUGGUUAUUAAAUGUUAUUUAAAAUUAAUUCUAGUUUUUAACACUUUAAUGCCCAAACUAGUGAAUAAUAGAUAUUUA